AUUAUUUCCUCUGCUCGUUCGCUCGACUCUUUGUGGUUUAGACCUUGAUUUCUUACCAACAGACUGAAGCUUCUAAAACUCAGAUCAUGUGGCUUUGGAACUUGUUGUUAGGAGAUGCUACCUUAACGACAAAACUUCGUGAGUUUUUGGCUAAUCACGUAAAGAUUUCCGAAGCUGAUAUGACUCGCAGCAAAAAGCUGGUCAAGGACUUCAUUGAAAACCAGGUGAUGUGGUACUGUCGGAAGAAGUCUACUCUUCCGAUUCUGAGACUUGAAUAUACUGGCAGUGUUUAUGAAAGGCUGAAAACUGAAGCUGCCGAUGAAGUCGAUGUCAUGGUGGUUUUAAAAACUUCGACGCCAUGGUUAUGGGGCGAUCCAGAAGUCAUGGUCGAGGACUCGGAUGUACCAGGGUACGUCCAACUUAAAGCGAGAAGCGAUUCCAAAUUCCGCCGAUACGCAGGUCCUGAAGGUUACAUAAAUCCUGAACGUCUUCGUAAUGGCUGGUUCUACAGUCUCGUUGACAAAGCAGUUGACGACUUUAGAGCUAGAGUACCAAGAUCUGACUUGGACAUGAUGGUGCGCCAACACGGACCCGCUGUACAGGUAGACAUCUUUAAGAAGGAACCAUACGAAUAUCUCUUAUCUGUUGACCUCGUUCCUUGCUUUCAAAUCGGGUCGGAUAAUUACUAUGUGGCAAAGUCGUACAGUGGGAGACGAUUCGUCUCUAGUUCAGGUCUUCUCUGGAGGCAAUCGUUUUCUUUGAAAGAGAAGCAACUUCUCGAGUACAUGGAUAGAGAUCAUGGCUGUAGGCACGAACUCCUCAGAAUAGUAAAGACCAUCGUUAAUCGAGAAAGAUCCUCCCUUGGAAAAUUAGAGUCAUACCAUUUGAAGACAGCUUUCAUGCACUAUAUCAAAGAGAAGCGCCAUUAUUGGAAUACGCGAACAUCGCUUGGAGAUCACUUCGUUGGAUUUCUGGGGUACUUGCAAAACUCCCUUGAGGAAGAAAAUCUUCCACACUACUGGCUGGACGGCGUAAACAUUUUAGAUGACAUUGGCGGAGUAGUGAUUAGAAACAUGGCUGCUCGGUUGAGGAGAAUCCUAAAUAGUGAAGUAGAACGGAAUCAAAUUCUUUCAUAGACAAAUAGUCUCCAUCACCUAUCCUGAUACCAUACCUUUUGAAAGUCCAAGCGGAUCCAUGAUUUACAUUGCCAAGUUUCUGUCACAGAAAAGCUACUUGUAAACUAGGACAAAACUUACCUGAAAAAAUCGAAUUGUUGGGUAGGUUAAGGUUUUCCUAUAUUUUUUUCCACUGCUUUGUCUGUUUGUUUGGUUUUUUUUCUCUUGUUAUCCAUUUAUCUAUUCGUUUAUGUCAGGUCAUGUAUGAAUUUAUUAAUGCAAGCUGAAAAUUGUGGCGUUGAGUAUUUUUCCUCGUGUGAAUUUCAAAUGAGUUAUAUCAUUGCAAUUUUUAAUUUUAAAGGAAAUACAA